AGUAAACAGAAUUUUCUAUAUCAACAUGCCACAUCAGCCGCAAAAACGGUCGAAUUAUUUUUAGUUGAAUAUUCGCGGACUAUGAUGAUGACACAAAAUACAAUUUCUGGUGUGAGAGUAAAGUGAUCCAAUUCCAAUAUCCAAAUCAUGUUUUGCAAAAUUAGCUGUGAAACCUGGCUAGUCAUAUUUGGCACUCUCCUGGCCAUACUAUUACGGACAUGCACCAGUUUGCAUUCACAUUCUGGUGAAAGCACACCUCCCAUGUAUGGAGAUUAUGAAGCACAAAGACACUGGAUGGAAAUUACUGUCAAUUUACCAAUCAAUCAGUGGUAUCAGAACUCUACAGACAACAAUUUGGGUUACUGGGGCUUGGACUACCCUCCCCUAACAGCUUAUCACAUGUAUGCUUGUGGAAAAAUAGCCGAAUUUCUCAAUGAAAAUUACACCAGACUUCAUGACUCCAGGGGUUAUGAAAGUGAGGCUCAUAAGAUCUUCAUGCGCUGGACAGUUUUGAUAUGUGAUGUAGUAGUGUACUUGCCUGCUCUUAUAGUGUAUUAUUUCAGUACUGUAGAGAAUGAGAAUAGUAAAAAUAUUGAACUUGGAGCAAAGAAGAAAAAACAGAAAGUGCACAAGUCUUUGAAUGAAAUCAGACCAAUGAGUGUUUCACUUUCUACCAUACUUGCUCUUCUAUACCCUGGCAUUAUUCUGAUAGAUCAUGGGCAUUUUCAGUACAACUGUGUUUCUCUAGGUUUCUUGAUUGUAGCCACCACAUGUCUUCUGCACAAGCACAACAUUUUUGCAUCAAUUUUUUUCUGUUUAGCUUUGAACUACAAACAAAUGGAGCUGUACCAUGCUCUGCCAUUUUUCUUUUAUCUAUUGAGUACUUGUGUAGCAAAGCCAGGACAAAAUACCAUUUGGGGGGUAAUGAGGCUGGUCAAGAUAGGUCUAACUGUCAUAAUGGCAUUUGGGAUCAUCUGGUCCCCAUUCCUGUACAAUUUGGAAGAUUUAUUGCAAGUGCUUCAUAGGCAGUUUCCUUUGGCUAGGGGUGUUUUUGAAGAUAAAGUAUCAAAUAUUUGGUGUGCCUUAAACAUUGUGUUCAAGUUCAAAACUAGGUUUGACAACCUGGAUAUGAUGAGGGUUUGUCUGUUCUCUACCCUUUUGGCAUUGUUUCCUAGCUGUGCUGAUCUAUUUCUCCGUCCCAAUCUAAAAAAAUUCGUCUUGGCUCUUAUUAAUUCUUCCCUGGCGUUUUUCCUGUUUAGUUUCCAAGUACAUGAGAAGAGUAUUCUUCUGGUAGCCAUACCGGUGUUGCUUUAUUUCCCUUAUUCCCCUUUUCCUUGUUUCUGGUUUCUCUGUAUGUCUGUGUUCAGCAUGACGCCAUUGCUCAUAAAAGAUAACCUCAAUAUUGCUGUCAUGGCGCUGACUACCAUGUAUAUAGUUUCUUUUCGAGUGUCAGUGGAGCAUGCUUAUCGUAGCUCUUUAAACACUCAAGAUGGACUGAUAGAAUACUAUUGCAGUUUAUUGCACUCACUGCUUGACGUAGAGUAUAAAAAAACUUCGCGGUAUGAUUUACUGAAGGUGACUUUCCAACAAAUCAGUAAAAAUUCUGAAGCAAUAAGGACUUUGGUUUUUCAUGCUGCUAUGUUUAUGUCCCUGUUAGGUUGCAUUUGCUUGUAUUUUGCAAAUUUAUUGUUGAAACCGCCUGAUAGAUACCCCGAUUUGUAUCCUCUUUUGAUAUCUGUUUACUCUUGUCUGCACUUUCUGGGGUUCUUUUUAUAUUUCAAUGUAAAACAACUUAGGAUACCCCAACAAUUUGAUGAAAUCAAACAUGUUAAAAUUAAGAGUUCAUGAAUUUUAUAGUUUUGUCAUUCUGUUUUAGGUAAUUAAAUACCUACUGUACAUUAUUGUUAUUUGUAAAUAAAAAAUGUCAUGAAAU